AUGAAUUGGGAUCAGAGUUUCGAUUUAAAGCUUCUUGAUGCGGAGACCAUGAAAGAAUAUGGACCUGAAGAUUUAAUACCCAAAAAUUCAAGUGUGAUCUUAAUGAGGGUUCCGCUGCUAGAACCGAAGAACCACCGAAAACGAGAAAUUCCAACAGCCGUAUCAGCGCCAUCGGAGAUUUCUUCCAAGCAGCCUUCAAAUCUGGUGGAGAUGCAGUGCAGCGAACAAGAGAAGGUAGAUUUGAUGAUGGCCCAGUCUACCUACGCUUACGCACCAUCGAAUUAUCUGAAAGUUCCUUUCAAUAAUUCGGGGAAGGUGCCUUCAACUUACGUCUGUAAGCGAUGCCAUCAAAAGGGACACUGGUAUCAAAACUGCACCUUCACGAUCAACGGGAAGCCAGCGUCGAUCAGAAAAGCUUCGGGGAUCCCCCGGACCAUGGCCAAGGUAGUCGAGGGUCCAGAAGUUCCUGGAGCCAUGAUAACAGCUACGGGGGAGUACAUUGUCUAUGCUCCAGAAUUGAUAUCAGUUGUGAAAGAACGUGGGACACCGAAGAUGCCAUUGCCGGUCAAAGAAUUGAAGUUGUUGCGUAAGAGCGACGAAAUCAAAAAGGAAGCUAAGGACCCUUCUCUGUCUCCACCCAGCGGAGGUGAAGAUACUGAAGAAGCUGUUAACUCCAGCGAUCCUAACGAGCAGCUAGAAUCAACUCCGAUGGCUUGGAACGGAUAUUCUGAUGAUUCUUACAAACAAUCAUCGAAUAUGGACGACUUGCGACAAGAUGGCGGGUCGUACGAACAAUCGGGGUUGAUAAAAAAAUAA